CCAACCUCAAGUUUCCGAGACCCUGGAUGCCGCCUAGAAGUGCUCCUAUUAUCACCCCUGUUGCCUGCGUGCCAAAGAAUGAGCAUAAGUAGUAAUAUAUUGCAGCCGGGUACCCUUCUCUUCCGGAGUUACCCCCCUUCUGCCCAAUCCCGACCUACGCCAAAUCUUGCACCGAAGCGGGUACUAUGGAACUUCAAAGCCUUGAGUUGACAGUUGAAGAUAUUUUGAAUUUCCAUCGUGGCUGGAUUACGGAAUUGUAUGUUCAAGUCAAAAAGACAGCAACGGAGAUAGUCGCGCUCUUGCAUGAGGAGCGUCACCUCUUUGUCACGCUUGCACAGAUUCAACGUUGUAUCGAAGAAUGGAACCUCGUUCAACUUCCAGCCGACGAAAUUUCUGUGCCUUCGCCGUCACCUACGCUUUCAGAUGACUGGGAGUUUGUCUCCAUACCACCCAAAUCUGAGGCCGUUCCACGAACUGUUCCACAAGCUUCGUACACACCGAGUGAUCCAGCCCAAGUCUUCGAAUACAACCAAAAGCCUUUGCCUUCUAUACCUACCCAAAAGAUCGCCCAAAAGUCUUCCAAGAUCCAGAAGAGGAGACCUUCAUCAACCACGGACCGUCUCAAACUCACUUGCCAUCACGGCCCAACACUAUUCGAUGUACACGAAGUACAGACCAGGCUUGAGUUGAUUCCGAAUGGGACUUCGCCCAUAGAUAGGUAUACUCAGGAUGAACAGACCCAUGAGCGGAUUGCUCUCGGUCUGGAAGAGGAGGAGAAGGAAGAGGAUGUUGUUAUGCAUCCCUGGCGACGAGCAGCAGAUUCUAAAACGAGGGGAGCAAGAGAAGAAAAACGAGUCAGGAAAAUUGACGAGACCAGGAGGCCGAAGAAUAAUAAGGAUGCUACCAAUGACGAACUUCCUGCCAGCCGCGAAAGCAAUGGGAAGCGGAAGCGUGAGCCACAGCAACGGCCACGGCCAAGCGAAGACGAGCAGGAAAGUCCAAAACGGAAGAAGACGCCUCCCUCGUCGCCGGACGAGGCAUGAUCUUCGGCAUAACAAAAGUUAUUGGUUUCUUUGAAAGGUAUUUCAGCGAGCGAGUUUUCAAAUGUCGGUUGUUAGGAAUUCAAUACCGGAGUCGGGGUCGGGUCACGGAUGCGGGAAUGUAACAACAAAAAGGGAACACUGAUGCCAUGGCGAUGGAAAAAUCUUGCAUUAUUUCUUCUUUUAUUUCAGUCAUUAUCAUGAUAGAUGAGUUUUUCGUUACCAGAGGAAAUGAGAACCUUCUC